UUUUUUGAGAUUGGAAUUUUUUGAUUUGGUGUUGCUUGGAUUCCAUCAUACCUACCUCUGGGAUGAUUGUCAGUGAUUUGUCAGGUUAAGGAGUUGAACUAGGAUGAAUUUUCCAGAACAUGAAGUAGGCCUAUGUAUGUGGAAUAUCGACAAUUUUCAAUGUCAAAAACUGAUUGUAUGCCUUAAACGUGUAAAAUGAAUCACGGUAUGUCCUAUGUUGAUCAGUCUUUUCUUGGCAUUCCUAUCACUGCACAGCGAGGUACUCGGGUAAUAUGGCUUGGGGCUCCUGAGAAUUUCACUUUUCAGAUGGGCAUCACUAUUUCAUAGAAUGUAGAACACUCGGUCUGUCAAUGUCAGCUGAGCACCGAGCUCUUGAACCUCUUGUUAGGAUAGUUGGUAUCAUCUUUGCUUUGUGGUUAAUUUGCAUUCCACUUUCAUGAUGCUGUCAGUGUCCUUGCAUUAAGGUCAAACCUGGGAAUGUAUUCAAUUCAUGCAAUUGGGAUGAUUUGAGUUGAUAAACAUCCUUGAAUGCCAUGAGAGGGUAAUAUUGAUUCAGUGCUCGAUCAGCUGUACCCGGGUUUUCAACUGGGUCAGCUGUGUUAUUGUGCAUGGACCCGGAUCCUAUUGUCACGUGACUUAAACAUCUCUUGUUUAUCAACAUUCUGAUCGUGAUACUGAUUCUUGGGAAAACUACACUGUUUUGGUUUGAUUUCUCUAAGGUUAUGGCCAUGCUGUUUACUUGCCUGUCAGAAAGCAUUUUCUGUGUUUACGUAGCUUUUCAUCUACCUAUUGUCUAUUGAAAGAAGGAGCAGCGAAUCUGGUUGAUGAUAAGUAGACAUUAAAAAUGGACAGUAGCCAGUGUAAAAUGUUAGCCGAAAGGCUUGAGCAAGCCGUAGCCCUCGGGGUGUACAGCAGUGUGAAAGAGCUGUUGGACUUCAUCGUGAACCAGGAUGACCUACAGAGAGUGGAGGCUGCUUUUCCUGAUCGAGACCCUGUGGUUUGUGCCAUCAACCAUGGGGAGUCUAACAUUGCCAUAGCCCUCAUCAAGAAAGGGUUCAGCUACAGCAAGUACUAUUCCUAUCGUAACCAGGGCUGCAAUUGGGAAUGCUUUGAAUCGCAUCUGAACACAAGAUGUCCUGGCGAGUACGACGCCUAUGAGCUCGCUGUCAGUAAAGAUCUGGAUCUCGUUGUGCAAUAUUUGGAAAAAGUCGAUGGACGGCAAUUACAUCCUGUAAACGAUAAAACAGUUCAGCGAUAUUCUGAACAUCAAAGGGAUGCCGUAAUUGAGAGGCCUGUCCAAGUUGUGAGGCCGUACCACGAUAGACUAGCAACCCAGAUUGCCAGAGAGACGGUGGAUAAAUUUGGAAAAGAUUUUAUUGAUCACGGUUGCAAUACACUGAUGCAUCAGUGCGUACUUCAGAACGACCCGCUGGCCAUAUUCAUCUACGCCGAUCGUGGGGUUCCUGUCAAUGCACAGAAUGAGGCCGGUGAUACAGCCCUCCAUCUUGCAGUCAGGACUGGCAGACGUGAAUUGGUGCGAGGACUCUUACAAUGUGGAGCGGAUAUCACAAUCAGGAACAAGCUCGGCCAGUGUCCUCUAGACGAGACUGAGGGAGAUGUGAAGGAACUGCUCGAAGAAUAUUCACCUGGUCUAGUGAAUGCCAUCCAGAGACAACAGUAUCAGACCAUCCAGAAACUUCUCCGGCUGUGGUGCUCACUACAGACAGUCAUCAACAAAGAGGGUCAGACAGCUUUACAACUUGCAGAGACUUUGGCCCAGAAGGACCAAAAUGCCUGGAGGUGCUUGCAGAUUGCCAUAAAAGAUAACCUGGCUACAAAUGAGUUCAUCCACAAUGUGAAAGCAGAAAAGACAGAAGAUGUGCGGCUGUCCUUGAAGCGGGGCGCUGGAAUGAAGAUUAAUAUCAACAUUAGAUACAGGAACAAGAAGGGUAAAACCCCCUUGGUUUGUGCCAUUGAGAGACAGAACACAGAGCUGGUCAAAGUGCUACUGAAUGCUGGUGCUGCAGUGACAGGGCUCAGGGUCCAGGAGAAUGAUGAAAUAGAUACCACCGUCCCGCUUUUAUUCGUUGCCUUAGCCCGAGACAUGCCUUUGGAAAUCGUGAAAGCUGUGUGUGAAAGUGGAACUCAGGAUCUUUUUGAGAAGAAUUCACAAGGCUACAAUGGUCUCCAUGUCCUGAUUGGCAAUUGUGCAUCCAUAAAAACCAUUGAGUGGGUGAACAGUUUCACCAAUGGACGGCUGCUCAGUCAAAAGGAUAUGCAAGGAAUGAUUCCCAGGGAACUUGCGGUAGUUUUCGGAAGAGAGGAUGUUUUCAAAUAUAUUGACUCCUUUGUCGCCGGUAUGAAUGACUUGGACAAGCUCUUCCUUGCUGUUGAUUUUUAUGGUGUGGAGAACUUCAAACAUGCUGUUCAGGAGAAAGAGACGUUAAAUAUGAUAAAAGCCUGUGAGUCACGUGCCAAAGAAUUGUUCGAAGCGGUUGCCACUGGUGAUGUGAAAACAGCUGCGAGUUUGAAUAAAGCAAACUACAGAGACAAGAAUGGUUUCACAGCGUUGAUCAAGGCUAUUGUCUACAACCAGUACGAUACGGCUAAACAUCUCCUGGUUGAUCGACCCAUUCUCAAGAGUCUGUCGGAUAAUUGCAACCGGUACCCACUGCACUACGCCUAUGCUCUACCGGAAAGUGUUGGCUAUCCAUUUGUGAGGUUAAUCCUGGAGAAAACCCCAGAAGACUUUGAAAAGACUUAUGAUAAGGAUGGUCUGAUUCCUGCCGAUUACAUCAAUCGGAGAAAGACUGACAAAGUUAAUUCGAUGAUCAACAGUGCGCUCAGGCUCGACAUCCAGGGGAAAGUAAAAGAAAAGAAGUAGCGCGUUUAUGUCCGUAGUGGCUGUGGUAUGCUUGACGCAUACAAACAUUCAUUGUCAUUGACUGAGAGGACAGCCUUACUAAAGACUAUAGAGAUCAACAGGAGACCGGUUUGAGCACAGCUUGCCCAACAAACACCAAAUGGACACCCAUACAGAAUGUGUGUGCAGCUUGUUUACAAAUUAUCAUGACAUCAUCAAAAAACUUAAUCUAUAGACUUAAAUCUGAAUUUAAGCAGACAUGUUGUCUCAGAAAUUUGCUUGUAGAGAUGUCUGUGAUCAAAUUAGGAGAACUUUCGGAGAGACGUGCGGCCCAUCAAGUUAACCCAAUUCAGCACCACACUCGAAAGUCCUAAUCUUAGAAAUGCAGAAAAUGUCAUGUCAUACCCAUCAAGGAUAUGUGGUGCUGAUUUUCCAGGGUGUUUAAUACCAGUAAAUAGACCAUGAACCUGAUCAUUGUGCCAAUCCAUUUAUAAUGUCUUCACAUGGAAUUAAAAUGUUUGUACCGGUAGUUUAUACGUAUUUCCAUUUUUGAUGUAUAUUUAUACCCAUGUAGAAACUUAUUUCAUAGAAUCGAGAAGUAAAAAGUAUUUUAUUAUUAA